UUGGUUCCUGUUGAGCACAAGCUUCUGUGUGCCUCUCAAUACUCAAACACCCAAAGAAACAAGAUAAUGACGAGUUCUACAGCUCCCAGUACUCAUGUGCUUCUUGUGUCUUUCCCAGCCCAAGGCCAUAUUAACCCUUUGCUCAGACUAGGCAACAGACUUGCUGCAAAGGGCAUGUUUGUCACCUUCUCUACAACCGAAAGCAUAGGCAAAAAUAUGCGAAAAGCCAACAACAACAUCUCCGACCAAGCCACUCCAGUGGGGGAGGGUUUUAUAAGGUUUGAAUUUUUCCAAGAUGGUUGGGAAGAGGACGACCCUAGACGAAAAAGAAUGGAAGACUACGUGCCUCAGCUUGAGCUUGCUGGAAACGACGCACUUCGCCAAAUAAUCAAAAAACACGCCAAGGAUCAUCCGAUUUCGUGUCUUAUAAACAACUCCUUUAUCCCAUGGGUUUGUGACGUGGCAACUGAUCUUGGCAUCCCUAAUGCCGUCCUCUGGGUUCAAUCCUGUGCAUCCUUUUCCACUUAUUAUCACUAUCACCAUAAUCUAGUGCCUUUCCCAUCUGAAUCCGAGCCCAAGAUCGAUGUUCAACUCCCCUGCAUGCCUCUUUUAAAUUACGAUGAAGUCCCUGAAUUCCUGCACCCUUCUAGUCCAUUAAAGUUUCUUGGGAGGCUCAUUCUAGGCCAGUUCAAGAACUUAUCCAAACCAUUCUGCAUAUUGAUGGACACAUUCAAGCAGCUCGAGCCCGAGACCAUUGAUUACAUGUCAAGCCUCUGCAAGAUCAAGCCUGUGGGCCCCUUAUUCAUAAACCCAAACACAAGUAUACGUGGCGACUUCUUGAAGCCUGAUGAUUGCAUCGAGUGGCUCGACUCCAAGCCCCAAGCAUCCGUCGUGUACAUCUCCUUUGGCAGCCUUGCCCUCAUAGGACAAGAACAAGCGGAUGAGCUUGCUUACGGGCUCUUAAAUUCUGGGAUCUCUUUCUUAUGGGUAAUGAAACCACCUCAAAAGGAUUCCAUUUUCAAGAUGAAUGUUCUUCCCGACGGGUUUCUGGAAAGAGUUGGGAAUAGAGGGAAGGUGAUACAAUGGAGUCCGCAAGAAGAGGUGUUAGCUCACCCUUCAGUUGCACGUUUCGUAACCCACUGCGGGUGGAACUCCUCUGUGGAAGCCCUCACCUUAGGCGUGCCGGUGGUGACAUUUCCUCAAUGGGGUGAUCAGGUUAUUAAUGCAAAGUUCUUGGUGGAUGUGUUUGGAGUGGGGGUGAGAUUAUCCCGUGGCCUGGCAGAAAACAGGUUGAUCUUGAGAGAUGAAGUUGAGAAAUGCUUGCUGGAGGCAACGGCGGGCCCCAAGGCAGUGGAAAUGAAGCAAUAUGCAUUGAAAUGGAAGGCGGCAGCCGCGGAGGCGGUGGCAGUGGGUGGCUCCUCCGACCAGAAUAUUCAAUCAUUUGUUGACGAGAUUAGAAAGAGAUCAUGUGGUGCUGUGAAUUCCACGUCAACCACUCAAUAACAAGAGACCAACCAACAUCUACCGAACAUGCAUAUAUUGUUCAUGGAUUUGUGGGCCACGUACAUCUUGUUUGGUGUUCUGUGAAUUGUUUUCUCGAAGCAUAUGAAUAUAUGAUAAAGUUAGGGAAUUCUGCGGGGAAGCUUUUUUUUUUUUUGUUUUUUUUUUUUUCCCUGUUCCGUAAUUCAAUAAUUGUAUCUUGUUUGUCCAGUACUACUGGAA